UCCGCAUCGUUUUUUGUUUCCUGAUAGGACCCGUUCUAGAAAUGGCCGAGGCGAGCGCCAACAUAGGCCUUAAUAUUCCGCCAUUUUUUAACUCUGCUUCGCCUACUUCCUUACCGUCGAGGACUCUGAAAGCCGCCGAGUCGGUAAGAACAACCAAAGCCAAAUCAUGGAGAACCAAGCCAUUGAAGCUGAGUGUCUUCGCGGCAUCUUCUCGUUCUACUUCUUCGGGUUUUAAGCAAGCAGAAGAUGGAAAAUUGCCGCCAAGAAUGGAAGCUGAUAAUCCAAGAAAGGGAAGGGUCUUUUUCCUGGACGUAAAUCCUCUCUGUUAUCAAGGCAGCAGACCUAGUUUGCACAAUUUUGGUCGCUGGGUUUCCAUCUUCUUCGAGGAAGUUAGCCAUAGUGAUCCUGUUAUUGCCGUUAUUGAUGGGGAAGGAGGUAGUGAGCAUCGCAGGCUGUUGCUACCCUCAUAUAAAUCACAUCGGAUAAAAUUCACUAGACAAUCAUCUUCACAAAGAUUUACAAAGGGAAAUUCUGGAAGGUCAUAUCAAGUGAUAAAAGAUGCUCUCAGAAGCUGUAAUGUGCCCGUUAUAAAGAUCAAAGGUCACGAAGCAGAUGACGUUGUCGCUACACUUGUGGAACAAGUUUUGCAAAGAGGGUUGCGGGCAGUAAUAGCCUCUCCUGAUAAAGAUUUCAAGCAGUUGAUUUCAGAAGAUGUCCAACUCGUGAUGCCUUUGCCAGAGCUCAACAGAUGGUCCUUUUACACCUUAAAGCACUACUUUGCUCAGUAUAACUGUGAUCCGUGCUCUGACUUGAGUCUUAGAUGCAUAAUGGGUGACGAGGUAGAUGGCGUUCCGGGAAUCCAGCACGUUGCUCCUGGAUUCGGUCGAAAGACUGCAAUGAAGCUCUUAAAGAAACAUGGCUCUUUGGAGAAUCUACUCAGUGCUGCUGCAAUAAGAACUGUGGGCAAACCAUAUGCACAAGAUGCACUUACAAAGUAUGCUGAUUACCUUCGGACGAACUACAAAGUUCUAGCCUUAAGAAGAGAUGUCGAUGUUCAAUUUCGAGAAGAGUGGUUGGUUGAAAGAGACCGACAAAAUGAUUCGACUAUUUUAUCCAAGUUUGUAGAAAACAAUGACAAAAACUCACUUGCCGAACAACAAAACAAGUGUAAAUCGCCCUCUGAAUGAAUACAUACAGGCAGAACCAUGUGGUGAGAUGAUUAAAAGAUGUUCAUCCAACAUGCUUUAAUAAAAUAGGUAACAUUGAUAGUGGAUAUGGAUUUGGGCAAUCCAAUUUGAGGCCAUAAACUGUAGAAUUCCUCUGUUUCCAUAGAUUCAUCCAAACCACUCUCUAGAAUCGUCCCAAUGAUGUUAAACAAUAACGUUUCAAACUUUGGUAAACGAAGCAUCUGGUUAGACUUUAAGCAGCA